AUGCCGACUAUUCAUCUAUGGGGUUACAAUGACAAGCCUUCGCUGAUUUCUCCCGAUUCUAUUGCGUUAUUUUGGCUUAUAAAUCUAUUCAAUAUUGAGUGUACGGUCGUAUUUUCUAAUAAUGUAGAUUUAUCACCUAACAAAGAACUACCUGUGCUUAUUAAGGAUGAUGGAUCUGCUAUCUGUAAGUUUGAUUCAAUAGUGGAAAGCCUUUGGUCUCGAAAUGCGUCUCUUUUAGAGCGUGGGCUCUUCGUGUUUACUUCUGAAAGACUAAACCGGCUUACAGAUUAUCAAUUAUAUCUGAAUAAAAUAAACUACGAAUCUUAUACUAGGAAAGUGUUUUCUCACCUACUUUACUGGCCGAUGUGGUAUAAUACGCCGCUUAAUAACCGAGCUUUGGCGAAGCAAAAGUGCGCAAGUAUUGGCUAUAUUGAGCCUGAUACGCGCGAUGAGCAGGUUGGGCCAGUCGAUGAGGCUACAAAACACUUGGCCAGAGACAGCAAAACCUUCCAAAUGACUCAAGAAAGGCGCCAGAAGGAUAAGGAAAUGCUAGAGUACACCAAGUACAAUAUGCAGUAUACAUCUCAGCUGCAAGAAGUGCUCAAAUCGCUACUAGAUGCACGCAAGAAUAUCCCUGAUCAGUUAAUUCCGGCUGACUUGCUACUCUACGCUAACCUUUAUGUCCAAUUGGAACUUCCUGACGGCGAAAGAAUCCAGACCUUCCUCCAGCAUCAGUUCCCCGAUUUCAUGCGGUCUUUGCUCGAGACUUGUAAUAAAUAUAGCCAUUUGGCAGUUGCUGGCAACGUCAUAUUAAGAGAACCCACAUUCUCUGAAUCUGGCAACCUGCUAAUGACAACGUACAACUUUACCAGAAACAUAAUUUAA